AUGAAAUCAUCAGUUAAGAAACUAGCAAAGAAAGUGAAGAUAGGUGCCCGAGGAGGAUCAGUUGAUGGUAAGCAUUCGCCGCACUUCGAAUUAUUACUUAGUGAUCAUUAUGAAGAUUCAUCUCCGGCGACAACUCCAACGGGCACGUUAGCUCUAUAUGUAGGAGAAGAAAGACAAAGAUUUGUAGUUCCAACUGGAUUUCUUUCUCAUCCGUUGUUUAAAAUGUUGUUAGAGAAAACACAAGCUGAAUUCGGAUAUGAACAAAGAAAUGGAUUAGUUAUUCCAUGUAGGGUCUCUACCUUUGAAGAAGUUGUUAGUGUGAUCGAAUGUUGUCAUGGACAGUUUGAUAUUGCAAGGUUAGUUGAUGAAAUCUCAUGCUAA